AUGCACAAACCCAUGGAGAAAUCCCAAAACUUCAGCAUCGAGGCGCUCCUGGCUGAAGAGCCGCCGAGGAGCGCAUCUCCGCCGGGGCUCAGCCCCGCGGGGAGCCCCGGCCCCCCCGGGCGCACCGACACCCCCUCGCCGAGGGCUCCCCAGGUCUCUGCGCCCCUCGGCCCGGCCGGCUUCGUCCCCAAGCCCGGCUUGCUGCAUCUCCCCGGCCCCGGGCUCGGCGCCCUGCCGGCCCUCUACCCCCCCGCCGUGUACCCGCUCCCGGCCCUGGGGGGCCAGCACCCCGCUUUCGCCUACACCGGCUUCCCCCACCUGCCGCCGCCCGGCGCGGAGCACCUGAAGGCGGCCGUGGCCGGCUCCUUGCCGCUGGAGCACUGGAUCCGAGCCGGGAUGCUGGUGCCGAGGCUCUCCGACUUCCACGCCACCCCGCAGGCCGGCUUGAUGGGGAAGUGCCGCCGGCCCCGCACGGCCUUCACCAGCCAGCAGCUCCUGGAGCUGGAGAACCAGUUCAAGCUCAACAAGUACCUGUCCAGGCCCAAGCGCUUCGAGGUGGCCACGUCGCUGAUGCUCACUGAAACGCAGGUGAAGAUCUGGUUCCAGAACCGCCGGAUGAAGUGGAAGCGGAGCCGCAAAGCCAAGGAGCAGGGGGCCACGGUGGAGGCUGAGAAGCUGCGGGGGCUCGGCAAAGCCUGCGAGAAGCUGCUGCCCAGCGAGCCCCAGGGACAGGUGGGCGAGGGCCCCGAGUUUGUGGGGCGCAGCCCCGGCUCGGGCUUCCUGCACCGCAGCACCGCCGAGCUGGGCUACGGCCCCGACUCCUCCUGCUCGGGGGGCGAGGAGGAUGAGGAAGAGGAGGAGGACGAGCUGGGCACCACGGAGAGGAAGACGGGCUCCGUCUUGUGA